AUGUCCGACCCAUUGGCAGUUCUACCUGGCGGAGAGAUACCAAAAAGACUUUUGGCUGAUGGCGAAUCGGUCGAAGUAACCGGCUCUUCAAAAUCGAGGUCCAAGUAUACCACCAAGCGCACUGAUACCCACUACUACUGUUCUUGUCCCGCCUGGAGAAAUCAGAGUGGCGUCAAGGUAGAACUACGGACUUGCAAGCACUUGAAGGAGCUUUUGGGUGACGCAUACGAGGUCGCGCGAACCUCGUCCAACAAACCUGCACCCAAACCGGCUGACAGGACCCAGAGCACAAAGAAAGCUAGUUUACCACCCAGCAGCAACUCAUCCGCUCCUUCAGGGUGUUCAACACGAUCUACACGCGCUAGUAAACGUAAAUAUUCCGACGAUGAACCUGCCGAGGAUCAGAAGAACGACGAGGACGUACCCCAAGCUUCCGCUGACAAUGAGGACGCCGCGAACAUCAACCAAGAUACACCAGCCACAGAUGCCGACGACCUUGCGGAAAUCAACGGGAUAAAACCAAAAGUGUACAUGCGCGAUGGAGAAGAGCGCGAAGCCAAGAGUCAAACCAGCUCUUCCACCUACAAGAUCAAGCGUACUUGGGAUCAUUACUACUGCACCUGCCCCGCAUGGCGCAACCAAGGCGGCGUCCCUGUCAACGCCCGCUCAUGCAAACAUAUUAAAAGUAUUCUGGGAGAAGAGUAUGAAGCAGCCCGUGCGAAACUCAAGAACCCCGAUGGCUCCAACUCGCCUUCAUGCAAGGACAGUCGGCCUUCCAAACGAGCCAAGAAGGAUGGUGCAAAUUCGAGUGGAAAUGGAGGUGGCAGUACCAAGACCGUCCCUCAACUACUGCUGGCGGUCAAGUGGGAUUUAGCAACGGGAUGCGACCCCACUGGAUGGUGGAUGAGUGAAAAGUUAGAUGGCGUUCGUGUUUACUAUGACGGAAAGAAAAUGUGGAGUCGGCUCGGCAAUCCGUUCACACCCCCGCAGGAGUUUCUUGACCGUCUUCCUAAGGAUGUUACAUUGGAUGGAGAGCUCUUCGGAGGGCGCGGGAAAUUUCAGGACACAGUGUCAAUCGUCAAGACUGCCAAUUCUCCUCACUGGAAGAAUAUUACCUUCCAGAUAUUCGACAUCCCCUCCCGUGGGUCGGAGCCAUUCGAAGAACGUGUUACCUAUCUAAAGAAACACUUUCAAAACAUUCCUCAAGUAAAUGUCGUUGAACAGACCAUGUGCAAGUCCAGGGAUCAUCUUCUGGAGACUCUCAAGGACGUGGAGCAUGAUGGAGGCGAAGGAGUUAUGCUGCGCCAACCGGGAAGUGAAUACGAGGGGAAACGCUCGUCUUCACUCCUUAAAGUCAAGACGUUUUAUGAUGGAGAGGCCGAAGUGGUUGGGUACGAACCCGGCAAAGGCAAGCACAAAGGUGUGACAGGCGCCCUUAAAUGCGUAAUGGCAUCUGGCAAGAAAUUUAGCGUUGGGUCAGGAUUGACCGAUAAACAACGCCGUGUACCGCCCAAAGUCGGGACCAUUGUAACAUAUCGCUUCCAAGAACUGACUCGUGAUGGAGUACCAAGGUUUCCCACAUUUGUCGGUAUUGCAAUCGACAAGGACAAGCCCAGUGACCCUUCGGUCCCGGAUAAUCACAUUAUAGGAAGCAGUAAUUGA